CCCACUCUCCAGGGCAGGCGGCCCGCGGGCUGCCUGUCGCUGAUGACCCUUGAAAUUGCAACUAGCAUGCGUCUUCCCCCAUCUCACUGCGCCCCGGAGGCUGGGCUCGGCCGAGGGGUCUGGACCCGACCUAGUGGAGUGGGGAGGGUGCCGAAAAGCGCGUGCUAAGGACAGGCUCGCGGAUUCUCCCGUGUUGGGGGCUUGGCAAGGCGAGCUCGGCUAAUCGGUGGGGGGGUUGACUGUUGGCUCUCCCAGACAGGGCUUCGCAACACUCUCCAGCGAAAGGUAGGUGAAGUAAACCGCCCGAGCAAAACGUGAGAGCGAAUCGAUGCGUGUUGGCGAGCGGAGUGUAAACCGGAACAAAAGGCAGCGGCCAAAGCGAUCUGUUGCAAUAUACUCCGCUCGAAAUGACCAUGGGGGACGCCUUCCCCUUCUUCUAAAGAGCUGCUCUGAACGGAGGCGCCGCUGUUUAAUAGUUAACCGCUUCUCUGCUCUCCACCUCCCGGGCAUCUGUGGAAUCAUAACUCCUGGGACCCCAGUAGCUUCGCUUCUCGCUGGUUACACCUCGCAGCAGCCGAUUGCUCCCAAGAGCAGAUGCAAUACUGUCCCUAAUUAAGCCUAGGCUGCCGGAGGCUCUACAACCCAAGGCGGCGCAGCGGCGGGGAGACUCCGCACCGGCCGAGGAGGACGAAGAGGAGAGAGGGUUUUUUUUUUUUUUCCCUCUAGGAUCCCCCCCUUUUCCUCCCCCCUCGCCCCCCCUUCUCCCCGCCCCGCCGAGGUUUCUCUCUGGGUCCGGCCGGCCGGCAGCGCGAGUCUCCUGGGGGAAUCUCUCCGAGCAAGCUGGGAUCUAUGAGCGGGAAGGUGAUCAAGCCCAAAGAAGAGAAAGAUGCUUCCAAGGUUAUGGAUGACGCUCCCCCUGGCACACAGGAGUACAUUAUGUUACGGCAAGAUUCCAUCCAAUCUGCGGAAUUAAAGAAAAAAGAGUCCCCUUUUCGUGCUAAGUGUCACGAAAUCUUCUGCUGCCCACUGAAGCAAGUGCACCUCAAAGAGAACACAGAGCCGGAAGAGCCACAGCUUAAAGGAAUAGUAACAAAACUCUACAGCAGGCAAGGCUACCACUUACAAUUGCAAGCAGAUGGAACAAUUGAUGGGACAAAAGAGGAGGACAGUAGUUAUACUUUGUUUAACCUCAUACCCGUGGGCUUACGAGUGGUGGCUAUUCAAGGGGUUCAAACAAAAUUGUAUUUGGCAAUGAACAGUGAAGGAUACCUAUACACAUCAGAACAUUUCACACCUGAAUGCAAGUUCAAAGAAUCAGUAUUUGAAAACUACUAUGUGACGUAUUCCUCAAUGAUCUACAGACAGCAACAGUCUGGCAGGGGUUGGUAUCUGGGUCUUAACAAAGAAGGAGAAAUAAUGAAAGGAAACCAUGUGAAGAAAAAUAAACCCGCAGCACACUUUCUUCCAAAACCCUUAAAAGUGGCCAUGUACAAAGAACCUUCUCUUCACGAUCUCACAGAAUUUUCAAGAUCUGGAAGUGGGACCCCGACAAAAAGCAGAAGUGUUUCAGGAGUGUUAAAUGGAGGGAAAUCCAUGAGUCAAAAUGAAUCAACGUAGCCAGGUUAAGGCAAGCCAAGUGCUCUGUAAAUGGAACCUUACCGCUGGAUGCCGUUGAAUUCUUACUAGCAGUCUUUCAUCCAAACCGUUCAAUUGUUCAGGACAAGCCGCCGAACUUGCAUAGGUCACUCGUUUAUCAGCCAUUAGAUCUUCUGGUUGUCAAAGGAUAUAUCCCAAAUAUGUAGAAUAUGCGUGUGCAUAUCACAAGGCACCGGGAUAGCCAGCAAAACAUAACUGUGGAAUAAAUCUCGGAGAAGAAAUGUCCAGCUCUUUUUCCUCUCUCUCUUUCUCUUUCUUUUUUCUCUCCUAUGCUUUGUGGAAAACUAAACAAAAACAUUUCACAGCAUUCACGGCUGAUAAGAAUUUGCUUUCCAACCAAGAAAUAAAAAGACCACUUUUGCUCUUCAAAGGAAAUUUUAACGCUUAUAUGUUUUAUAGGGGCAAACAACAAAAAUGUAAACUUUGUUGUUUUCUUGGCUUACUGUUUUAUAUCUAAGGCUUGAUAACAAAGGUAUCCUUUAAUUUGGAUUAGUGCAACUUUUUGAUUUCUCAACUCAAAUGGGCCUUUAAAGCUGUGUCUUUAAAAAAACAACAACAAUAAAUUCAGGGCUGGAACUGAGAGUCGGUGUCUCAGGCUCAAGCAAACAGUGUUCUUGUGAUUUUAAACACACUGAAAUAUAAAUUUUUAUAGAUUUGUAGCAUUCUGGUAAAGUUCUUGUGCUGACCCCAGUCUGUAAGAAUUGAGUUGUUUUGUUAACCUGCGUCAGUGGAAGAUAACGUAAAGGGAUAGAAUUAUCCUCCAAUGUAGAUUUAUCUUAAUUCCAUUUUGUGUAUCAUGUUAAACUGUUGUUGUGGCGUCUUUUCUAAAGACAGAAACUGUGGAAUUAAGGUGACUUAAUUUUUUAUAAGAAAUGUCUUAUUUGUAAAAGUCCUUCUUUUCCUGUAAUGGGCACGUGAUUCUUGUGUAGGAGGAAGCGUUAGGACAGGUUACCCCUAAACAACAUAUACUCAUACAUGCUAUUGGAAAAAUUGUUUAAAAAUUUAGUUAGGUUUCCAUUUAGGUCAUCAUAUCUGUUGCAUGGGAGAAAGUUGGAAUAUUGGCAUAGAGUUGCAUGAUGUGUAAGAUUUUGUGCAUUAACCAUCAUUGGAUUCUGUGCUCCAAACCUGACAUAGUUCUGUACAAGCAGUUGUCUGCCUUGUACAAAAGAGUUGUUUAUUAUUUGUUGUACACACAAUCAUGCACUGAAUAAACUAUUUAUAUUAAGAUGUA